AUGUACAGAGUCAUCAUCGUCACUGGUUCAGCAUCAGGAGUGGGAUACGAGCUCGCCAAGCUACUCUAUGGUCAAGGCGGCAACAUCUACAUCGCCGCCCGCUCAUCGGAGAAGGUCAAUCGCGCCAUCGAGAGCAUCAAGGCCAGUGUGCCUUCUAGCAAAGGCCAUCUGGCGCCCUUGAUCCUUGACCUGGCCGACUUUCCCACUAUCAAGAACGCGGUCGACGGAUUUCUCCAGAAAGAGAAUCGCUUAGAUGUCUUGGUUCAUAAUGCCGGCUUGAUGACCCCGCCGGCUGGCAGCAAGAGCAAGCUAGGCUACGAUCUCGAGAUGGCGACCAACUGCAUGGGCCCCUUCAUCUUGAACCAUCUCCUGGAGCCAAUCUUGACCCGCACCGCGCACGCAGAGUCAACUCCCGACAACGUGCGAGUCGUCUGGGUUUCCUCAAUGAUAGCAGCUUUCGUGCCACCUGGUGGUAUUCAAUUCGAUGAGAAGAGCGGGAGUCCUAAGGUCCUGGCGAACACGAUGCAUAACUACAUGCAGAGCAAGGUCGGUAACGUGUUCCUUGCGUCAGAGGCUGCGAAGCGUUUGGGUGGCGACGGUGUCAUCAGCAUGAGCGUAAACCCAGGCCUAAUGAAGACCGAGCUGCAGCGCCAUAUGCCCAGGGUGCAAAGCAUCAUCAUGGGCAUCCUCUUCAAACCUCCCCUCUUCGGAGCCUACAGCGAGCUCUUCGCGGCCCUCUCGCCCGAAGUCAAGGCCGAGCACAACGGCGGCUUUGUUGUUCCAUGGGGCCGCUUCGGAGACAUCCCCGACCACAUCGAAGAGGGACUCAAGCCACGCGCGGAGGGAGGUACGGGGACAGCGGAUCAAUUUUGGAACUGGUGCGAGAGAGAGACAAAGCCUUAUGUGUGA